AUGAUCCCAAACACUGAAACUAAAAUAGAAAAAAGUCCAAACGACAACCGUGAAUAUUUAGGUUUCACACUAAAAAAUGGUAUAAAAGUAAUCGUAAUAAGUGAUAAAGAAACCGAUAAAUCUGCCGUCUCUCUCGAUAUUCAUAUUGGUCAAUUAGAAGAUCCCCGAACCUGUUAAGGCAUAGCCCAUUUUUGCGAACACAUGUUAUUUAUGGGUACAAAAAAAUAUCCUAUACAAAAUGAAUUUUCUCAAUUUUUAAAUUAGAACAGUGGAUCAGAUAACGCUUACACAGACAUGAUGAACACAAAUUACUAUUAUGACAUAAAAAACGACUAAUUAUAAAAUUCACUAGACAGAUUUAGUUAAUUUUUCAUUGAACCAUUAUUUGAUGAAACUUGCGUUGAGAAAGAAAUUUAAGCAAUCGAAAGUGAACAUUAAUUGGGUUUAAACGAUGACAGUAAUCGUCACUGGGAAAUAUUUAAAUCCCUAUCUGAAAAAAACAGCAAUUUUAACCAAUAUGGAGGUGGUUGUUUAGAAACUUUACAAAAGCCCACAAUUAGAUAGGAUUUAAUUGAUUUUUAUGAAAAAUAUUACAGUUCAAAUUUAAUGAAUCUAGUUAUUUAUGGAGUGGACGACAUUUAAAUAUUGUAAAAAUGGGCAAUUGAUUACUUUUAAGAAAUUCCUAAUAAGAAUAUAUAAAGACCUAUAUAUUAAGACCAUCCAUUUUUACCCUAUGAUAAAUACUUGGGUAAAUUAAUAAAUAUAAUCCCUGUUUUAGAUGAAGAUACGAUAGAGUUUUGUUGGAUUGUAGACUAUUUCCUGAAAGAAAGAGAGGUAAAAAGUGAAGAAUAUCUAUAACAUAUAUUCGGACAUGAAGGUGAAAACUCGCUUCUUUCUUUGUUAAUAGAUGAAGGUUAUGCAUCUGAGAUUGUAUCUUUUGGGGAAAACUGUAUGGGGUUGUUCAGUUAUAUAGGUAUUUAAAUAACUUUGACAUCUUAUGGAUUCGAUAAUUGGGAUAAAGUAUGCCAUGUAGUUUUUUAAAUGGUAGAAGUUUUAAAAAAGGAAGGUGCAAGGGAAUAUAUAUAUGAAGAAAUAAAAGAAACUCAUAAAAUAAACUUUAGGUUUUUAGAAAAAAUAGCUAAGCAUGAAUAUGUGACAAAAAUUGCAGAUGAAAUGCAUCAUUGUAAAGACAUUGGAAAUGUUUUAAAAAAUAAAUACUAAUUUAAAAAAUUUAAUAAAAAUUUAAUUGAAAAAUUAAUAAAUAGCCUAAAUAUGGAAAACUUAUUAAUUUUUUUAUCAACACAACAAUAUGAAUAGGACGAAGAUGAACAAGAUGUAUAUUUCGGAGCUAAAUAUAAAGUUAAUUAAAUUCCAGAUAAUAUAAAAAAAUUAUAAUAAAUAAAAUAUGUAAACCAUUUUAGUACUAAAAAAUUAGGAUUACCAUUAUAAAAUAAAUUCAUUCCUAAAAAUUUUGACUUAUUGGAAAUUAAAAAUGAAUAAAAAUAUCCUAUUUUAGUUUAUUAAAGCUAAGAAUCAGAACUUUAUUAUAAACAAGAUGAUUUUUUUAAAAUUUGUAAAAUUUAUGGAAAUCUAUAAAUAUUUACUAAUGAUUGUAGUUAAGGAAAAUCUGUAAAAGCUGAAGUAUUGGGAGAAUUAUGGUUAGAAUUAUUAUAAUAUUAUAUAAAUGAAACACGGUAUUAAGCAGAAACUGCACAUAUAAAUAUUAAAUUAGAAUAAACUUAUACUGCUUUUUAAAUUAAAUUCAAUGGAUAUAGUGAUUCUAUGCAUAAUUUAUUAUAAGAGUUUUUCAAACUUUUUUUAAAAUACGAUCCUGAAAAAUAAGGAGAAAGAAUAUUUAAAAUAUAUUAUGAAAAAUUAGAAAAUGAUUAUAAAAAUUUUUAUAGAGAUUCACCAUAUAAAAUAUGUUAAGAUUUACUUAAAAUUUGCAUGAUUUCUGACGGAAAAUAUUCUUUAAAAUAAAAACUUAAUAUAUUAAAAAAAUUAAAAUUCUAAGAUAUAAUUGAUUAUAAUAAAAGUUGGCUUUAGAAUUAUAGAAUGCGAUGGCUUUUAAUGGGUAAUAUAUCAUUAGAAUAAUCAUUUUUUUUAGUUAAAUAUGUUGAAUAAUGUAUGAAAUAAUUAAGAUUAAAUAAUUAAAUUUUAUAAUUAUUUUAAAUUCCUACUAUAAAAUGCAAUAAAUUAAAUUCUGAUAAUUUAUAUCUAUUAGAAUAUCAUGUUUCAAAGAAAUUUUGUAAUAUGGACGAAACCAAUUCUAGUUUCAUUUGUCAUUUUCAGAAAUCGAUAGAAACAUUAGAAUAAAGAGUAUAUAUGCAAUUACUACAUAAUUAUUUAUCUGAACCUUUAUUCAAUUAAUUAAGAACUAAUGAUUAGCUUGGAUAUAUAGUUGAUUGUUGGGAAGAAACCUUCAGAAGUGUUAGUGGAAUGAGUUUUUUAAUUUAAUCAUCUACAUUUUGUCCUAUUAUUGUAUCAGAAAAAUUAGAGUCAUUUUUGGUAAAUAUUAACUUAAAAUUGAAAAAUUUAUAAGAAUAAGAAUUUAACGAAUUCAAACAUUCUGUGGGGGUAAAAUUGACUGAAAAAUUUUAAUCUCUUUCUUAAGAAUUUAAAUUUAUGAGAGGAGAAAUUUUAAUAUAAUAAUAUAUUUUUAAUAGAAAGGAACUUGUAAGCGAUGUAUUAUAAAAUAUUUCAGUAUAAAAUUUUAUUGAAUUUUAUUAAAAUUUAUUCUUUAAUGAAAGAAAAUUAAUUGAAAUACACUUCAUUUGUAUAAAUCAUAUCAAUGAUUAAAAAUUGAAUAAAGAAAAGUAUAAAGAAUAAAGAAAAAUAACUUAAUUAAAAGAUGAUUAAAUGCUAAAAGAUAUUUGUAAUUAAAAUAAUUAAUUCUACGACUGA